CACUACCACUCCAUUUCUGGAAUUUUCACAACAGAAAACACAUUAACAGAAACACAAACCCAAUCCCAGAAACCAUGGCCACCGCUCUACACUUUCCCAUGGCCUCUUCACUCCCAUCAGCUUCAACUUCCGCGCAGUCCCUCAGAAGAAGAAAUUUGAGGACCUUCUGUGCCAUAAACGCCCACAACAAAGGCAAACUUCCCAUUCCCCCGAUAAACCCUAGGGACCCGUUUCUUUCGAAACUCGCUUCGGUGGCUGCCACCUGCCCCGAAAUGUUUCUUAACCGGCCUGUUAACUCUGACACUCCUCCUUACUUGGACGUGUUUGAUUCUCCCCAGCUCAUGGCUACACCUGCCCAAGUGGAAAGAUCAGUUUCGUACAAUGAGCAUAGGCCAAGAAGGCCUCCACCAGACUUGCCUUCGCUGCUUCUACAUGGGAGGAUUGUUUACAUUGGCAUGCCCUUGGUGCCAGCUGUGACAGAGCUCAUUGUUGCAGAAUUGAUGUACCUGCAGUGGAUGGAUCCCAAAGAACCAAUAUACCUUUAUAUAAAUUCUACAGGAACAACUCGUGAUGAUGGUGAAACAGUUGGGAUGGAGACAGAGGGUUUUGCAAUCUAUGAUGCAAUGAUGCAAUUAAAAAAUGAGAUACAUACGGUUGCUGUUGGGGCUGCUAUAGGUCAGGCUUGUCUACUACUUUCUGCCGGAAGUAAGGGUAAACGGUUUAUGAUGCCGCAUGCCAAGGCCAUGAUCCAACAGCCUCGUGUCCCAUCAUCUGGGUUGAUGCCUGCUAGUGAUGUUCUAAUCCGUGCAAAAGAGGUAAUAACAAACAGGGACAUACUGGUAAAACUCCUGGCCAAGCACACUGGAAAUUCAGUAGAGACUGUAGCUAAUGCGAUGAAAAGACCAUUUUAUAUGGAUGCGACAAGAGCCAAGGACUUUGGGGUUAUAGACAAGAUUCUUUGGCGUGGUCAGGAAAAGAUAAUGGCUGAUGUUGCCCCUCCAGAGGAAUGGGACAAGGGUGCUGGCAUCAAAGUCGUAGAUGAAUUUUAGUUUCUCUUUAGCAGAUACCUAACAUACGACUGAAAUAUGCAGCUACUUGCUAUAAGCAAGUUACAGUGGAGCUUUUAGCUGGAAUUGAUUGCCCCUUCAUCUGCAGUCUGACAGCUUGAUCCCUGGGAACAAUAUUCUGGUGCACAAGGACUAGGAAUGUUACAUUCAAGCUGAACAUUGAUGAUAGUCGGAUGGCUUUAGGUUCUCUACAUUGAUCAUCUGUACAAGCUUUUACAUUAUGUUUACAGUCAAUUUUUAUGGGUUUCAUUUUACAUGUUUCUUGGUCUCAUUAUAACAUAAAAGCGAUUUAAUUUUCCUUUUUAGAAGAACCACCUAGUAUGGUGGGCAUGUAUUAUUAGUGUUGGAAGAGAUGUUCUGUAUUUGAAUGUGAUCAUGUGAACUCAUUCCUCUUCUCAAAUC